GAGGUGUUCUUACGGUAUGUGACGGGGAAGUUACCUGUGGAUAGACAAGGACUUGCUGGACAAUUAUUUUCCAUUAGGUGAAAAAGAUAUUCGUAUUGGAGAAACAAAUAUUUCAAUCUGGAGACGUUACAAAUUCAAGCCGUUUGCAUGGAGCAAUCGACUUUUGGUGAGGUGAACCAGCUGGGAGGUGUGUUCGUCAAUGGGCGUCCCCUACCUAACGCCAUUCGUCUGAGGAUUGUAGAAUUGGCUCAGCUCGGAGUACGACCUUGUGACAUCAGUCGACAGCUCAGAGUCUCCCAUGGUUGUGUCAGUAAGAUACUAGCUCGCUAUAACGAGACGGGGUCCAUUUUACCAGGGGCAAUUGGUGGCAGUAAACCUCGAGUUACUACCCCAAAUGUCGUGAAACAUAUAAAGGUAUACAAAGAAAGGGACCCCGGGAUUUUCGCCUGGGAGAUUCGUGACAAAUUACUGGCGGACGGUGUAUGUGACAAAUACAAUGUACCUUCAGUAAGCUCAAUAAGUCGUAUUCUCAGGAACAAGAUAGGUGGCGGCCCAACCCCACAGAAUCCAAGCCCAACGUAUGAAAGCAAGAACCAAGUUGUUCCGUGCACUGCUGCCCCGACGCCUAUUUAUAAUCAAUUUUAUCCUUACUCAUGUCCACCACCUUCCAUGCCAGCUGUUCCAACCGCUCAAAUGGCCCCUCAGCACCACACACUUGCACCCCUGGGGGCGGCCCGGCCCCCUCAGGCCACCACCAACUGUGUGACUCCCUGUAUGAUGCGAGCAUGGGCUGCAUCUUCACAUUCCGUUAAUGACAUUCUUGGUUUCCGGGGAAGCGUCCCCCAAGGUAUGGGUCAACCCAUACAGGCGGAAAACGGACCUAGUAUAGGACAGAACUACAAUAUGAACUACUACAGCAUGAAACCAACUGUAUCACCAAUGUACCUACAAAGCUGAGACAUGCUGAGCGAUAAGUAGAUGAUGCAUUCAUUAAUAUUUUUUUCAAGAAAUACUCCUAAUUUUUUUGACAAAAGUGCCAAAUUCUUAACUAUCCGUCCAUGGAGGAAUCCUACCCUUUAUUCAUCACUCAGGAAGUUUCUGUUGCUGUGGGUAACAAUGUCAAAUAAUAUGGAACUGCUUCCGGAUUUGUAAUGCGCACAAUCGAUCCUGGUCGAGUGGACGCUUGGGAUCUGUGUUUUUGUGUAUAUGUUUCUUCGCCCCAGUGUUAAACAUUCGGAGUAGACAAGCCCGGAAAUUACACCAAUAUGUGUUUCAUUCUGCAAAUUUGAUCAUAAUCAAGUAGAAACAUGUGUAACAUAUCAACAUGCAUGCUUAGACAUACACAAACACCUUGGAAAGGUGAAAGUUGUUCGUCAAAACCUCACGGGGACGAUUUGUAGUGGAAUUUAAUUUCAUCACACAAAAUAAUUCAAUUUCCGUCUGUUUAGUUCUCAGUAUGGCUUAUCCUCAGGUUCCUUAUUAACCUCAUUUUUGUUCCUAUUUAAUUUUAUUUCAUAUGCAAACACAUUUUAUUUAAAUUUUUUCACAUCCAAGGAUCAAAGAAGCAGUGUAUGUGUCAGACACGUAAAAAGGACACAUUGAAUAUGUAGGCGUAACAAUACAAUAUGUCUUAAAUGUUCGGAAAUGAUUUCAUCAUUGAUUUCAAAACUGUUUUGUUUGAAUUUCUAACAAUUUUGUUUGUGGCGAAUGAAUCUGUGAAUAAAUGUAU